CUCCACGUUUGUUCCUGAACAUGUUCUCCUGUCACGUCUGGUUCCUGCUCUCAGGUCUGAUCGGCUGCACGGAAAACUCCACAGCGAUCUGGUUUUCGGUCCCUGAGAAUCACCACCUCUGUCUGCCGUGCGGCAGCUCAGACGUGAUCUGGACUCUGCAGGAUCAGGAGGUCCUGGUGACCCGACGGGGCGGCUACGAGACCAACAAGGACCGCCGGCGCUACCUCCUCAUGGUUAAUGGCGGCCUCUGCGUCCUGCAUCUGGAGGAGUCGGAUCAUGGAAGAUACCGCUGUAACCAGCAGCUGGUGGCUGAGCUGCAGGUGCUGACAGUUUUAUUCAGUGUGAUUAUUUGGGUGCAAACUUUCACACGAUCUUUGACAUUUAAACGCUGUGAGUGUGUGACCAGUGUGUGCGUCCUCUCCUUCUGUUUAUUAGAAGUGGGAGAAAUAAAGAAGAAGAGCACGAGACCUGAGAACGUUCUGCUGCUGGUUGCUGUGGUCGGUGUGGGGUUGAUGAUCGUCUUCUUAGCUGCUGUCUGUGUGUUGCUGACCAGCAUGAAGUGCAGGAGGAAGAAGCGCAGAGCUGCAGGCGAGCGACGUGAAGACACAGAGCUGCAGCCGUGGACGGCGUCCAGCGUGCCGACAGAGGGCGAGGACUCGGAGACCCCGCCCCUCUGUGGGGAGACGAUCCACUACGCCUCUCUGGGCCGACAGAACUGGAGAGAGAGACCCAGCAGGAGUCCGCCGGAGCAGAGCCACCACAGCGUCAUCUACUCCGUCAUCAGCAGACCUGCAGCGAGAGCGGAGCACGGACUCUGAGAGUCUGACUGUACGGCCGUGUGACGCGAAGCUUUGAAUCAGCUUAGUUUCACCUGCAACACAAGCUGUUAAAAUGCUGUCAGUCAGUUUUCAUGUUUCACUCUCUGCUUCAGCACAGCUGGGUAACGGAGUCUCUACAUGUUACAGCGAGGACUCGUUUACAGGCGUCCACAUGUGCAGCGUCACAUCUGGACCGGCUGCCGUGUUUGUAAACAGGGUCAGGACAGAUGGUGGUGUCAGAAUCAGUUUAUUAGUAAAAGACAAACAAAGUGUGGAAGCAGCGCAGCAGCAAUAUUCAGACACGUGUUUAAACACAGCAAUAAAACAACUCACAGACGUAAAGAUUCAAAACUGACCCGAUAUUCACACAUAUACGGGUAAAAACAGAUUUUCUUUAGUAAUUCUUUUUUGAAAGUGCGCUGCUGUGGCAGCAUUUACAUUUAUGUUACUUUAUUAUUAACAGAAAUGUUUUACAAACAUUUUAUUUUCAUUGCAACU